AUGGAGCCCCCGGAGGGCGCCAGCCCGGGAGGGGUAGUUAAGGAGGUCGAGGUGCCAAGGGCUGCCCUGGGCACCCCCGUUCCUGGGACGGGGACCAGCAGCCACUCACCUGUGGCCGAGGAGGAGGUGGGCGUCCCAGUACCGGCACCGGGUCUCUUGCAGGUCACGGAGAGGCGGCAGCCCCUGAGCAGCGUCUCCUCCCUGGAGGUGCACUUCGACCUCCUGGACCUCACCGAGCUGACUGACAUGUCCGACCAGGAGCUGGCCGAGGUCUUCGCCGACUCGGAUGACGAGAACCUGGCCAGCGACUCUCCCGCAGGCCUACACCCGCUGCCCAGGGCUGGCUGUCUGCGCUCCCCCUCCUGGACACGCACCAGGGCCGAGCAGAACCGUGAGAAGCAGCCCUUUGGCGACCCCGAGCGGCAGCCUGCCGUUGUGGACACGUUUCUCACCGUGGAGAGGCCCAAGGAGGACUAG